AUGGCCGAAUAUAAUAUAACAUUCCUCAUCCUCAUCCAACUUCUUACCUCUAAACCUCUUGCUUCACUAACAAUUCUCUCACUUGUAAUAAUAUCGCUAGCUUCUUAUUAUGCAGCCGACCCUUGGAAGAAACCAGAAGCUCGAGAAAAAGAACAAGAGUCGGGAAAUGUAAUACAUAUAACGGCAAACCAUGCGAUUGGUUUUGGUGGAAUAGCUAGUUUAGGUCUUAUAAGUAUGUGGACAUUCCCUAAUGCACUUGUCUAUUUCAGUCUUGUAUCAUUUGGACUUGGUGGUUUUUUUGGAUUACAGGGUGUUCUUGUAGCAAUAUCUAGAAGACUCUCCUUGCCAUUUUCAGGUGGCUUAUUGGAGACCCUGCUGGCAGGUGGAAUAGUGAUUUGGUGGGUGCUUAUAAGAAAUAGCAGCGAAGCAUGGUUAUUACAGAAUUUUUUAGGAGGUUUCAUAAUAGCUUUAAUGUUAAAAGUUCUUAAAUUACCGGACUUACAGAUAUCAUCUAUCCUACUUAUUACUGCCUUUUUAUAUGAUAUAUUUUGGGUUUUCAUUUCACCAAAUUUCACAUCAAAUGGCAAGUCAGUCAUGGAAUCCGCAGCUACAGGUUCUGGACUAACAGUGCAUGAACAAGUGCCAAUGGUAUUUAGAAUUCCGAUUAGCGAUGAUCCUGCGCAUGGAUAUGCUAUGUUAGGAUUUGGAGAUAUUAUUUUACCUGGAAUGUUUUUGACUUUAUUGAGAGAGGUUGAUGUUAGGUUAAAAGCAUAUUGGUUUUCUUUAGUACCACAAAGUCCGAUGCCUCCUACUCCAAUGGUUAUAGUUGAUGAUGUUGAAGGAGAAACAACCGAAAUAAUUUUUGAUGGAGAAGAUGAAGAAAAUAUCUAUUAUUACGAAAAUAAUAGCGUGUUUGCAUUUAAUCAAUCAACAAGUUGGGGAAAAAAUAAUAUAUGGCAUAGAUCAGUAUCAUCAUUACCAUCAUUAUGGACAUAUCAUUUUAUAGGAUUAAUCGGAUAUUUUAUUGGAUUAGAAAUGACUUUUAUUGCAAUGAUAUUAACACAAAUGGGGCAACCUGCUUUAUUAUAUCUUGUUCCUUCUAUAUUAUUACCAGUACUUUUAUUAUCUAUCAAAAGGAAAGAAUUUCUUCUUAUAUGGUAUGGUAAAUUUCGGGAAAAUGAUGAUGAUGAGAUUACAGAUUAUUCAAGGAUACCUCAACAAGAUGAAUUUAAAGACGUUAUGAGACAAGUGUGGGACUUUAUAUAUAUAUACAACGAUCCAAUUUUAUUUUGUAGAAUGCGUCCUGACGAAUAUAAGCAAGCACAAGCACGAAAAUAUCAAGCAAAAUUACGUUCACGAGGCUCUUCAGAAACUUCUAAAGAGGUACAGGAAAAACGAAAAGAACGUAGUUCAAAAUCACGAGGUGGUUUUCAACAUAAAGGAAAUGAAGAAGCUGCUGAGGAAGUUGAAGAAUAUGGGGAAGAUAAACCAAAGCGACAAAACUUUCAAAGACGAAAGGUCGAAAGUAAUUCUUAUCGAUAUAAAGAUAUUUCUGAUACAGAAGAAACUCGGUCCUUGGAUCCUUCAACGUACUUUCAAUUCAAGGAGGAGAAGGACUGGGAUACUUCAGUUGAGGUUGUGAAUGAAUCAGAUGAGAUAUAUCAAAAUCUGAUGAAUAUUCGUUUCGAUGCAUUAGAAUUAUCAUUGUCUAGCGUAUCAUUAGCCGAGAGAUUGAAUUUAAGCGAUGAUAUUUUUAUGGAAGGACAAGAAAAUGAUUUUGGUUCAAUUUUAGACAUCGCAGUCCCUAUUGUUCCGAAAACAGUAAAGUCAGAUGUUCAAAAAUCCAUGUUAAAAAAUGUUAAAAAUACCGAAACACCACACACUGCUAUAUCGAAUAUGCGAGUUCCGGCUUCGAACAAAAUAAUAAAACAGACUCAAUUGUCUGCAUCCAAAACUUAUGCGAAUCCUCAGAAACCAAUUUCAACAAUAAAUAAUGAUGAUGAUAUUGAUGAUUUUUUGAAAUCUCUUGAUGACAAAAAUGCCAAAAUAAAGAGACAUCAGGAAAAGAUGAUGACAUGGAAGAUUGGUUAG